UGCAACUGCGAUUUUGACAUAAACGAAGUGCUGUCUUUUUGCGCACCUUUCGAGCAGUAACCUGCGCCGUUUAUUGAAAGGGGGCCUCAGUUUUUGUCGUCUGCUGAACGUGGUUUUCUCGGCACAAAUCAACUUCAAUAAAUUAGGCGACAGGUGUAUACAGUGGAUAUGCAUUUUGGCAACUGGCAUUAUAUUUCAAACUAGGCAUUGGUUGUUAUAUGGGGAGAAGUCUUAACAGAAGACCUAUCAGACAGGUGCCAACUGGUUCUUCUAAAGGCAGGAAAAUCUUAGACUUGGCCAAAGUCAGGGGAGAUGAUAGAUGGCAUAUCAAAUCCCAAAGUGAUGAAAGUACAACCUACAGGAUACAAAGAACAGCUUUUGAAGCCCGUUUCAAAGAAAAUUGCAAGGCCAUUCAUUGCAAUGAAGGCGACUGUAAACCUUUGUGUAGACGGUACUAUCACUGUGACUGCUUUGGGUACAAAACAGGUCAUCUGUGUAAACAUGUGCACAAACUACACACUUUCCUGAGAAAAGAUUUGACACUGACAACAGAGCAGCAGACUGAGAAUGAAUACCCAUUCAAAGAUACACAACAGACUGUAUCUGAAAUAAGAAUACUGCAAAAUCCUUAAAUGACACAGAUUGCCUGCCUACUCAAGAAAAAAAUUGAAUGUCUAGCUAAGAAAAUCACCAGUCAAGCAGAGAAAAAGUGCAUUUCAAGAGUACACUUGCCUCAGAUACUGUCCCUACUCAAACAAGCUGACCUCCUCUGUGGAUUGCCCACUAAAGAGAUGGAUGCAAAUGGUACCACUCAAUUUCGUAAGACAAAGUUAAUUGCAGCACAAAAGAAAUUAGAGCGUCAGAAUAUCAAUUUUAAAAGAAUUUCAAAAAGGGUGAAAGCUAAGUCCAAAGGAACAUUGCAAGCACCAGACCAAAGUGAAGCUAAACGCAUUAAAUGCGCCUACAAACUAUGCAUCUUGACAAAGUUGUGGGUCUUUGACCAUACAUCUGUAAAAGCUAGCUGCACUACAGUAAGUGACAGCUCUUGUGCUCAGUGCUCUCACUGGAACUGCACUGGAGUUUGUGUCAAGCCUAAGGAUAGUCGGAAAGAUAGUCUGGAUGGCAUAAAGAGAAUUUCAUAUGUUCAUAUGAUGGAGGGAGUACUCAAUAAAAGUUGUCCCGGAACUGUAGUGGAAAUUCCAGAAGCAAUCAUCAGAGCAAACAUUGCUCCAAAAAUUGUGUCACCAUCUGUUGCUUUAGAGGAAUUCUUAGCAAAGCAGAAGCGAAGACUAGACAAUGUUUGAGGAGAUGGAAACUGUCUCUUUAGAUCUUUGAGCAAGCAGCUAUUUGGCACCGACUGUAGGCAUGUGUCCCUCAGGAUGUACACUUCCGAUGUGCUCAUUAUGAACAGUGACCGGUACAAUGUAAUGUUUAUACCCUAUCAGCAAACAUUAAUAUUCAGCCAGCACCUCAAAGCAAUACAGAAACUUGGCACUUGGGGAUCACAAGUCAAAAUUCAGGCAGCAAACAUUCAGCAAAAUUCAGUAAACAUUCAAUUAAUGCGCAACGUUGAUUGCGUUGAGCAGGUCCAAUAUCAAGUACACAUGAAGACUCGUUUUCAUCUAAAUUUUCUAAAACGUAGACCUUACAUACGUAUGUAUUAUUGGCAAAGGUCAUACUACUACAGGUGGUAAUCAAUGCCUCAUGCUAUUAGUUAACAAAGUCACAGCACUCUCAUGGGCAGAAGUUGGGAGAUCAACAGCAGCAGCACAUGUACAAACAUUUACACAUGCAAAUGCAGUUAUACACGUCAGCAAACAGAAGAGAAAGCUUUCGAUGACAAGAAAGGUAGAAAUGCUUUUAGUAACUCCGGGAUCCUUGUUGGCACUGACCUAUCUCUGCAUGUUACUGAUUUGGCAUAAACAUGCACAUGCAAUGUAACAGAACAAGUUAGUUUA